AAGUAUAAUUAUGAAUGCAUAUAUUACACUUGCGACAAACCAAUCGACAGUCUUCCGUGUUACAUACAUCUAUACUGUGAAUUACCUCAUAUGCCAUGUUUGAUUCUUUAGCAGAUAUCUCCCAUCGAUUAUCAUCAAUUACUUUAAUUGAUUCAGGGUCUAUUUGUAUUCCAAUAUUAUGGCUCUUAAUUAUAUUUUCUUCUUUACCAGUAUAUUUAUUUUUAACCAAUUUAAUAAAUCUCUCAAAAAUUUUAUUUCUUGUGAAUUUUAGAAGCGCAUUUAUGCAGGUAUCUAAUCGUUUAUUUUUUUUACCAUGUAAGUAAUAAUAUAAAUAACUUUGUGUUUCAAAAAAUUAAAAAAUAUAUAAAUAAAAUAAUUAUUUUCUUUAGCUUUUUAUUGUAGUGAAUAUUUUUUUGAAUUUUUAUGUUUCUUAAUAUGUUUUGUGAAGUGUUUUGUGUAGUGUUUUAAUAAUGUGAAUCCAUGUGAAUAGUUCAACUACAAUCAACAUUCAAGGAAUUUCUUGUUGCUACAUGAAUAUGUAAAAUAUCUGAAGGAGUUACAAUGGAAAAAAUAUUAGAUGAUAUAAGGGAUAAUGUUCAUGACAUACUUAAAGUUCAAACUUUAAUAACGAAAAAGGAUCUGUGGAAUAUUAAAAGAGAUUUUAAUUUGUACGAAGGUCGUCAGCAUUCAUCUGACUAUAUUAGUGUAAAUAUAUGGAUUCAUCGAAUGAUAGAAUUACCAGAGGAAGAAAAUCCUGUUCUACAUUACAACCUGAAUAAAGAAAAUUUUAUAUUGGUAAUAUCUACAAAUUUUCAACUCCAAAUGCUUCAACGUUUUGGAACCUCUUCAAACUCAAAAAUAUGUAUUGAUAGUACCCAUUGUACCAAUGAAUAUGGCCUUCAAUUAACAACAAUUGUAGUUGUUGAUGAAUUUGGAAACGGAUUUCCAUGUGCAUAUUGUAUGUCCAAAAAAACUGAUGCAGAAACAUGGAAAAUAUUUUUUCAACAGCUUAAAUGUAAAAUUGGUAUUAUUAGUACUCAAAUUUUUAUGAGUGAUGACGACCCAUCAUACUAUAAUGCUUGGGAACAAAUAAUGUUACCUGUGGAGCAUCGACUUUUGUGUACCUGGCAUGUGGAUCAAUCUUGGAGAAGAAAUAUUCAAUCAAAAAUAAGAGGAACUCCUGAAAAGAAGUGCUUAAUUUAUAAAUCAUUAAGAGUGAUACAUCAAGAACCAAAUGAAAUUAUUUUUACAGAACUUCUAAAUGGAUUUAUGGCUGAAAUAAUGGAUGACGAUGAUACUAUUAAAUUUGGAGAAUACUUUAAUAGCUAUUACUUGAAUAGAGUCAAACAGUGGGCUUACUGUCACCGAAGAAACUGUGGUAUAAACACAAACAUGUAUUUGGAGUCGGUGCAUAAGUGCUUAAAAUAUUAUUACUUACAUGAAAAUAUAAUUAAGAGCCAUAAUAUUGGAAUACAAAUAGACCCUGAAUCAAUUAAAGUAAUUGAUGAUAAUCGAUGGGAGAUAUCUGCUAAAGAAUCAAACAUGGCAUAUGAGGUAAUUCACAGUAUAGAUGUAUGUAACACGGAAGACUGUCGAUUGGUUUGUCGCAAGUGUAAUAUAUGCAUUCAUAAUUAUACUUGUGAAUGUAGUGAUUAUAUAAUUAAAUUAAAUAUAUGCAAGCAUAUUCAUGCCUGUGCUAUUCUUUCUUUAUCAAAAACUCGAAAUAAUUUGUGUGAAACAACAGAAAAAGAGAUUCUAGUUCCUGCUGCAGAAAUAAAUCUAAUAGAAAAAUCAUUAAUAAAUACAAAUACGGACAAAGAAUGUGAACAAUUAAUUCAAAUAAAAAACCAAUUAGAAGCUGGAAUAGGAGUAUUAUCGUCCCUUAUUGCAAAUAAAAGUGCAGUAACCGAGAAAGAAUAG